AUGGCUUCCGUUGUAACACCCGAGAAAGAAUACGAAGUUUCACCAUUUCAAGGAUAUACAGAACAACCUCUGGUUUCUUUGAAAGAAGCAGUUGAACCAUUGUGUGCUGCAGUUCGCGACAUCGAUAAAAUGCUAAGACGUGUCCAACAACAGUGUUCGGAAAUACAAGACGAUUUGUCGGCUGAUGAAUUAGGAUCGAUUUUGCUUUACACAUUAGCAUGGGAAAAACCGCAGUCUUCGUUUCGUUCCAUUCUGAAUCGUACAAUUCGUUCGCUAGUUCAAGAAAGUCUACGUCCUUGGUUUCUUUAUCUUCGUUUGUUUAUCAAUGCACUUUCGAAAUUGCCAUCGAUCCCAUUUCAUACAGUUUAUCGUGGGUCAACGGAGAAUUUGCUUGAUGAUUACUCGGACGGUGAGCGAAUCAUCUGGUGGAAUUUUGUUUCAUGUAAAGCUUCACUCAAACUAGUGAAAGAAUCGUGCAGUGAAGAUGAUCUUCGAACAAUUUUAAUUAUCGAGUGCGACAUGGCGAAAGACAUAAGUAAAUAUUCGGAAAAAGAGAACGAAAUUUUACUUUAUCCAGCGCGGCAAUUUCAAGUUAUCUCGACAUUACAAUCGAACGAUCGACUUCGUCUUAUUCAAUUAUGUGAAAUACAAUCACAACGUCCACUUAUCGAAAUCGCGAGCGUCAUUGUCAAUGAGCAACCAAAAUUACUACCUUCGAAAAGUCGCUUAGAAUAUUUAAUUAAUCAAUAUCCUGGACAAGAUCAAAUCACCUUAAUCAAACAAAAAGUUACUGAUGCUGAUAUGCCUAUGAUUGUAAAAGAUGCGAUCAAGAAGAAGAAAUGUCGAGCAUUACUACUCUCAGAAAAUUCUAUCACAGCAGCUGGCCUAUUGGUUCUCAAUACAGAAUUAAAAACGAACAAGUCACUAGAAUUUCUUAGUCUUUCAUGCAAUCGCCUCUGUGAUAAAGGCGUCAUAUCCUUAGCAAAUGUAUUAGCUGCUAAUGUUAGUCGUAUUACUGCACUUAGUCUACACUCGACUAAUAUUACAGAUAAAAGUGUGCAACAUCUCUGUGAUAUGUUGGAAAUAAAUAAAUGUCUAACUUGGCUUCAUCUCGGUAUGAAUAAGAUUAGUAAUGAAGGUGUGAAACUUAUAGCGAACACAUUGGCUCAUCGUAAUAAGACUCUAGAAGCAUUGGAUCUAUCAAAGAACGCCGCGAUCGAUGAUUCAUGUAUUGAUUUUCUUGAAGAAAUGUUCAAGAAUGAAAUUACCUUGAACACAUUGUGGAUUCAUCAUUGUAAAUUAACUCCAGACGGAAACAACAGACUACAUAAAAUUGUUAGAUCAUGUAGACGCUUUUUUAUUCUCACAGUGUAG